CGCGCUCCGUCACCGCAGCAGAGGCGCGAGCGCGGUUCGCGUUAACCGUCUUUGUGCUCGUCGGUGCGGGUCGAACCCAGGUGCGCGUGGGCUGCUGCGUUUCCAGAGCAGGACCGGUGCUGCUCAACCCGCUGAGCCGCGGUAGGCUACUUCCGUUCCGCAGAGGGCGACAGGCAGCAGCCAGCCGUGACUGUGGCGGAGGUCCAGACACAAUAGACCGGGACCCGGCUCUUCUCCAACCCGAACCGGUAUGUCGGAUGAGGAUUCCCGUGCCAGCACCAGCUCUUCCUCAUCACCACCAUCCUCCAGCCAGACCAGACAGCGGGACACGCCUUGCAAGAAGAAGCGGGAGAGCAAAGCCAGCAUGAGCAAGACCUCCAAGCUGCUUUCCACCAGCGCCAAAAGGAUUCAGAAAGAGCUGGCUGACAUUACCCUAGACCCUCCACCAAACUGCAGUGCUGGCCCUAAAGGAGACAACAUCUAUGAGUGGAGGUCGACCAUCCUGGGACCACCGGGCUCCGUGUACGAGGGAGGCGUCUUCUUUCUGGACAUCGCCUUCACACCUGACUAUCCCUUCAAACCCCCCAAGGUAACCUUUCGUACGAGGAUCUAUCACUGCAACAUCAACAGUCAGGGGGUGAUCUGUCUGGACAUCCUGAAGGACAACUGGAGCCCUGCGCUCACCAUCUCCAAGGUGCUGCUGUCCAUCUGCUCCCUGCUCACAGACUGUAACCCAGCUGAUCCCCUGGUGGGAAGCAUCGCCACCCAGUACACGACUAACAGAGCGGAACAUGACCGAACGGCCAAACAGUGGACGAAGCGAUACGCUACAUAGAGCCAGCGUGGACUGCAGUGGGAGGUGGAUGGGUGGGGGGCUGUGGGCGGUUUGUGUUGGGGGGUAUUUCUAUCUCAGAUUUUUAGUACUUUAUUGUCUGGUUUAUUUUUUGCUUCCUGAUUAAGUUAUCUCUGCAAAUAUCGUAAUAAAGGAACACAAUGGAGAAAAAAA